GACAGAAUGGACAUCGCACCAAUGCCACGGCUACGGAAUUUCAGUGUUUUGAAGACAAUCGCGGUGCGACCUGGGUGUCCCUUUCUCUGGUAGCGAAUUGCCAAAUAUUGGAACAACAAUUAACGAAUAAGUUCACUGGACUAUUCAAGCACAGCACUGAGGUGGUGCCGCUGGGGGUAAAGGCGAAUAGCUACCAGGCUGCACUGGGGAUUAGACGCCAAAAACGUUUUGGCACUGCUCGGAGCAACGUUCGUCUGAGUUAGCAAGCGCCAACGCCCACAGAAGUUGGAAAAAAUGUGUUGCUGUAAUUGCUCCAACACUGCCAAGAAGGUUUGGUCCUUCAUGGGAGUGGUGCUGAUCUUUGGCCUGGCAGCGUUCUUCGGCUUUGGGUUCCCAGCAAUCGUCGAUUCUGUGGCGCGACAGGAAUUCGUCAUGAAACCCGGCACAGAAGUGUACGAAAACUGGAUGAACUCUCCAGUUCCCAUGUUCAUGGACAUCUACUUUUGGGAUUGGACGAAUCCCAAUGAAAUUACCAACCCCGCUGUUCGACCUAAUUUUGUCCAAAAAGGACCAUACGUCUUCAAAGAAGUUCAUGAACGCAUCAAUGCCUCAUUCAACAAUGACCACACCAUCACUUUCAAGCAAAAACGAACCUGGCAGUACGUCCCGGAACAAUCGGGUGGAGAUUUCUACACAGACCGAGUUACAACACCGCAUACAAUUUUGAUGACUGUAGGAAAGUUAGUCGCGGAAAUGGACGACCCUACGCUAGGGGAUCUUGUGAAUAUUAUUCUCAACAAUAACGAUCUUGUUGAUGGCAUCACUUACAAAGACGUUUUGGUUAGAGACAUUCUUUUCGAUGGAGCAGAGGAUAGACUGUUGGCAGCUUUACAAAAUUUGCUAGCUCUUCUACCUGAAGUGCCAGAAGGUGUGGAAUUGCCACCCUGGGAUGGAUUCGGAUACUUUAUUGACCGCAAUACCAGUGCAGAGUACGACGGCAUUUUCCGCAUGAAUACUGGCACCGAUUCGUGGACCAACACCGGGCAGAUGCGUACAUGGAACGAUGAACCUACGGUCCCGCACUACCGAGGCUUGUGUGGCCAAGUUCGUGGUUCAACAGGUUCAGUGAACGCCCCAAUGACCAGUGCCCAAACAAGAGAUCCAGAUGACUUUGUGCUAUUCAUUACCGACUUGUGCAAAGCUAUAACGCUAAAGUAUGAUGGUGAUUUUGUGCUAAACGACCUCGAAGGAAAGGUUUGGGUGGGAGAUGAUCGAGUGUUCGACAAUGGCCAUAACUUCCCAGAAACUGAGUGCCAAUGUACUGCCCCACAGGAUCAGUGUCCAGUGUUGAAACCAGGAUUGCUCGAUGUAUCGGGAUGCAAAUUUGGUGCACCUCUCAAGGUCAGUUUCCCCCACUUCUAUCUGGCGGAUCCGAGUUAUUUGAAUGCAGUGACAGGGCUAAGCCCAAUGCCCCAAUCGCAUCAAUUCCGCUACGCUUUGCAUCCAUUCUCCGGUGUUCCAAUGUCCGUCAAUGGAAGGUUACAGUACAACGUACAUGUGAAGGAUUAUGGAUUGGAUGCUACUCGGGGAGUUCCAGACGUUAUGUUACCUGCUUUCUGGGUGGAACAGAGAGUUCUCCUUACUCAACAAGUCAUUGAUGAUCUUAUGUACAUCGAUACGCUACGAUCAGCUGGGCAUAUCACGGCGUUUGUGCUUGUCGGCGUAGGAGUAAUCGCCUUUGGCGUGGCGCUCUACUUCUCUAUCUUCGUGUGGAAAAACUAGUCGAUUGGACGUUGAAUGGGCCAUCUACGAGCACAUGACAAGCGGUUGUAACCAAAAAUACACUCUUCUAGGAUUAAGUCUAGGAUCAAUUAUUAGCAAAAAAAUAAACAAAGGUGAUUUUUUUUAA